AUUACAUGCAAGGCAGCCAUCGCCUGGGAAACAGGCAAUCCCCUUUGCAUUGAAGAAGUUGAAGUGUCUCCCCCUAAGGCUCAUGAAGUUCGAAUUCAGGUAAUCGCCAUGUGUGUGUGCCCCACUGACAUCAACGCUACCAAUCCUAAGAAGAAAGCUCUCUUUCCUGUAGUCCUUGGCCAUGAGUGUGCUGGAAUUGUAGAAAGUGUUGGGCCAGGAGUGACCAACUUCAAACCAGGUGACAAAGUAAUUCCAUUCUUUGCACCUCAGUGUAAAAAGUGCAAGUUCUGUCUGAGUCCUCUUACAAACCUCUGUGGGAAACUCCGGAACUUUAAAUGCCCCAAUAUUGAUCAAGAGCUCAUGGAAGACAGAACAAGUAGAUUUACCUGCAAAGGAAAACCAAUUUAUCAUUUCAUGGGAGUCAGUUCAUUCUCUCAAUACACUGUAGUUAAAGAAGCCAAUCUUGCCAGGGUCGAUGACGAGGCAAAUUUGGAGAGAGUUUGUCUGAUUGGAUGUGGGUUCUCAUCGGGCUAUGGGGCUGCCAUCAACACUGCCAAGGUCACCCCUGGUUCCACCUGCGCUGUCUUCGGCCUGGGCUGUGUAGGUCUUUCUGCUGUAAUUGGGUGUAAAACAGCAGGUGCUUCCAGAAUCAUCGCUAUUGACAUCAACAGUGAGAAAUUUCCAAAAGCUAAGGCCCUGGGAGCCACUGACUGCCUUAAUCCCAAGGACCUAGAUAAACCUGUCCAGGAUGUCAUCACUGAACUGACCAACGGAGGUGUGGAUUUCUCCCUUGACUGUGCAGGAACAGCUCAGACCCUGAAAGCGGCGGUGGACUGCACGAUAUUUGGCUGGGGAUCGUGUACUGUGGUUGGAGCAAAGGCUGAUGAAAUGAAUAUAUCCACCGUGGACAUUAUAAUGGGUCGUUCUAUAAAUGGAACAUUCUUUGGUGGUUGGAAAAGCGUAGAUUCUGUCCCAAACCUGGUUAUUGACUACAAGAAUAAGAAAUUCGAUCUGGAUGUGCUGGUGACCCAUACCCUACCUUUUGACAGAAUAAAUGAGGCAAUCGACCUGAUGAACGCAGGAAAAAGCAUCCGAAUAAUCCUGACCUUUUGAAGAUGCAUGACCUUUGGAAUAUGAUUGGAUCUGAACCUGUCUGAAGAACUUACUACUUCACAUGGUGUAAUGAGCCAAAGAAAGUUUAAGUACAAGUUGACACUUUGUUUCUCAACAUAAAUUAACUGUAAAUUAUAUAGCAAGUGUACCUAUAAAAUAUAUUCAGAUGUCCUAUAUGAAAUAACUGAUGCUGGGGCUGAGGCUCAGGAAUACAUUCCUUGCUUCGCAUGUGCAAAAAAAUAAAUGGAUGAAGGAAUGAAUAAGAUACCUCAAGUGUGUACAAAUAGAAUCAUAUGUUUAGGAACUGUUUAAAACUGUCUUUCAGAAGUGGGGUGGGAAAUGAAAAAAUAAGUAAGAUUGGCUAUGUUUUUGUAAGUUAAGCUGGGGGAUGAAUACAUGGAAUUUCAUUAUACUAUUCUUUCCAUUUUCAUCUAUGUUGACAGUUUUCCACAAUAAAGUAAUUUUUUUUACUG